GCCACUGAAAAGAAAAGACUGAUUUCUGAAGGUAAAUUGGACAAAUACGGGCGCUCCAACGAUAACACUCCCGAGCACUGGAAGAGAUCUUAUGUAGAUCUACGGGAUGUCGGCACAAAAAAUGAUUCCGUUCAAUCGACACCCGAAGCAUCAAAAACCCCCGGGCUUUUAUCCACGGAAUCAACUUCACAACCUCAAAAUUUAAUUCAAGAAAUACAACCGGAAUCUGCAAAAAAAAGGAAAGCUGUGGAUGAAUCUGUUGAAGAAGAAAAAUCAUCCAAGAAAGAGAAGAAAGUCAAAAAACCAAAAGUCAAGGAACAUAUCCAAUCGGAAUCAAGCACAACGAGUAUAAAUACAGCGAAAAGAAAGUCGGACUCUGAUGAUAACGAUGAUGAUCAAAUGGAAGGUUCGACUGCGGAAAAAUCUUCAAAGAAAAAGAUGAAAAAGGAAAAGAAAUCAUCUGAAAAGGAACGAGAAGAAAACGAUGAUAAUA